AUGGAGACCCAGCCUAUCUUGGCACCAGCUCCAGCUCCUUUGCCUGACGAACUGUCAGCGCCGGCGCCCAGCACUCCUGAGCCCAAGGUCGAAGAGCCGGGCGUGCCACCGCCGCCCCCGCCGGCCGCCAACCCCUGGGCGCUACGCAUGCCACCCCCCAUCGCCACGGGAGCUGUCGAAGAGCUUUCGCCUGUUGUCGUUGUUGAGCGCCGCCGCCCUGUCUCAGCCAUUGACUCUCCAGUCGAACACAUGUCGCCUGUCGCCUCACCCGCUGUUGUCGAGAACGACCGUGACCGGAGAUCCUCCUUUCACACGCCCCGGCGGCUCGAUAUCGGCGUCGACCACAUGAUGCAAGAAUCUACCGACCGCCGCCACCUCACCGUCUCGCCCGACCUCGUUGCCGCCCCAACAGCAGAGCAUUCAACAUGUGCCACCGAGAGAUCCUCCUUCUCAGGCCGCGCUCGCUCCUUUACGGGAACCAUCCCGGAAGAGACUGCCGUCGAGGACGCCGAGGCACCCCCCUUUGUCGGCGCCACUAUUCUCCCGAGCCACGUCUACCACCGCUACUCCCACACCAGCAACCAUUCUUCCGAUCACUCGCACCCCUCGCGGCAGCGCUCUCAGGAGUCUCUACACAGCUCUGUAUUUGAUGGCCGCCGUGACGACACCACCUCGCCCGCCAUGAUGGAUCACCGCGCGUCCAUCACGUCGAUGCAGGCGCCAGAGGAGAGCCUCUCGCGUGCGCCGACGAUCCCGGCUAAUUUCCCACCUGGAAUCCACGACGGCAUUGAAGCCGUGCCGACGAACCAGAGUGGUUAUUCAGAACUCAUUCCGGUGGAUGCGGCGACUACAGAAGUGGGCGUCGUCUCGAGCCCGCCGCGGCGGGAGCAGGACUGCAGCAUUGGACUGUCGAGCUCGUUUUACCUGUACAAGGGAUUCUGCGAGGGAGCCAAGGAUGUCAUGCGAGGAGGCAUCGGUAUCAAGAAGACAAAGAAGCCAGUGCGUAUGUCGUUCAAGACGAAAUAA